CAGACUCUUCGUCCAGCUUUCUCUUAUACCGAGCGCCGCUGAUUUAUUCUCACAACCUCGCCGAUCGAGUUAAGCAAUAGAGAGAGCAAGGAGGAAGCAGAAGAGAAGAAGAAGAAGAAGAAGAAGCAAUUUGGAAAAAUGGGCGUCGACUACUACAAGAUUAUGGGCGUCGACAAGAGCGCCAAGGAGGACGACCUCAAGAAGGCCUACCGGAAACUCGCCAUGAAGUGGCACCCGGACAAGAAUCCUAACAACAAGAAGGAAGCCGAGGAAAAAUUUAAGCAGAUCUCCGAGGCCUACGAGGUUCUAAGCGAUCCUCAGAAGCGCGCAAUCUACGACCAAUACGGGGAAGAAGGCCUGAAGGGGGAGUUUCCGCCGCCAGGGGCCGAUGGUUCUGGGAACGCCUCCUUCUUCUCCGGCAACGGCGGCGGCGGCCCCACUGUCUUCCGGUUCAACCCCAGGAACGCUGACGAUAUAUUCGCGGAGUUCUUCGGCUUCUCGAGCCCGUUCGGUGGCAUGGGUGGUGGAGGAGCAAGCAACGGGGGCGUCCGUGUCGGGGGGACGCGAUUCUCCAACUCCUUCUUCGGCGACGACCUCUUCGGUUCGGCGGCGUUUGGCGCGGCGGAGGGACCGAUGAACUCCCGUCGCCCGCAGAAGGCGGCUUCGAUCGAGAACAUACUCCCCUGCAGCCUGGAGGAGUUGUACAAAGGCACCUCCAAGAAGAUGAAGAUCUCCAGAGAGAUCGCCGACGCAAGUGGGAAAACUCUACCGAUCGAGGAAAUCCUCACUAUCAAGAUAAAGCCCGGUUGGAAGAAAGGCACUAAGAUUACGUUCCCGGAGAAAGGAAACGAGCGCCCCAAUAUGAUCCCCGCUGACAUCAUCUUCAUCAUCGACGAGAAGCCGCACCCUGUGUUUACGAGGGAAGGGAACGACCUUGUUGCGGUGCAAACGCUCUCCCUCGUCGAAGCAUUAACCGGUUACACUGUCGAUUUGACGACGUUGGAUGGCAGAAGCCUCACGAUUCCUAUAAACAACGUGAUUCAUCCUGUUUACGAGGAGGUUGUUCCUGGCGAAGGCAUGCCAUUGCCCAAGGAUCCAACCAAGAAAGGCAAGCUGAGGAUCAAGUUCGAUAUCAAAUUCCCGGCGAGGCUUAGUCCGGAGCAGAAGGCCGGAAUUAGAAGGCUGCUGCCUCCUUAAACACCAGGACCCACGCUUUGCUAAAUUUGCUUAGGAGCACGCUUGUGUGCUCUAAUCGUACGUGGCAUCCUUAUUAAUUACAUUUGAAUUUUCCAAAUAGUUUUCUUAUUGAGAUAUUAUAAAUACAACUUCAUCAAUAAGUAUCAAAAUGAAUUCCACUAA